UUCCUAUAUGAUGGCGGAAACUGGUGGUCGUCAGCAGGGAUGUGUUCUGUAGUUUCGUAUUUUUUGACAAUUCCUCGUACAGUAUUCCGCAGUGGGCUAAAUUCUAAUAGUCUUUUACGAUUGAUAUGGAGGAGAAAUCUGGGUCUCUGGGUGCACAAGAAGAGAGAGAUCUCAAGAAGUUUUUGAAAUUUCUAUCGCAGAAGGCAGUGCAAGUGAUUGUUCAGUCACGUCUAGGAGAAAAGAUUCAUACCAAGUCUAAACCUACUGCAAUGGGCCAAGACUGGUUCAAUCUAGCAAUAAACGAUAACCCAGAUGUAACAUCAGAGGUAAAAAAAGUGAUGAUAAAUGGAAGGCUUCCUUCUAAAGACAGUGCCAUGUGUGUGGAGAUAUCUCUGAAGUCUAGAGAUGGAGAAUCUAUGUUAUUGGAGACAUGGUGCCUUAGUAUGAAUGACAGGAUUGAUCCUAAUACCAAGGUGACAUACACAGUUUAUAACAGAAUUGGAGUGCUUCUCAAGUCUCUUACAUCAGUGACAAGAGUUACACCAGCCUAUCAACUGUCACGCAAGCAAGGGACAGACUUCAUUCUGUGUUACAGGAGGAAUACUCAAAGUGUCACUGGGUAUGUGAAAUAUGGUAGAAGCUUUGCUACCCUGAGAGUAGGCUCCAUAGGUACCCCAGUUGGUUCCAUUACUUUAUCUGCUGCUUACAGGACGAAGCUGACCUUGCCAGAAAAACAACAAGUCAUGGUACAAAGUAACCAUUUCAGCUCAGAGUUGGCACAGAUGCCUUCUGAUCAGCAUGAUGAUGCUUUGCCAUGUGGAGCAUUUGACUUAACAGCUGAAGCGAGACAUCAAAUCGCAGAGGAGAUAGCAAGCGCGACAGAAACGGAAGUAACCCGACCAACAACUGCAUCUUCAGACACUCCUCCGUCGACAGCUCAUAAACUCAGCUCAACAACUCCACCACUUGGGUUAAGGCGCAUCAGUCAAGAAGUUAACAGCGCUGGGAGACACGAGAUGAGCGGACCCGGAAGUUAUUCCCAACCCACUGGCUGUGCAAAAAUGCGAACAAAGGGAGCCUUUGUGAGCAGUUCAGGAUCGCCUGAAAAUUCAAUGCUUACAAACCUGUCAUCUACUCCACCGUUUGCGUCGCUUUUAAGAAAAGAGGCUGAUAACAUACCAAGCGGUCUGCCGGCCUCAGAUAGCAACCUGAAAAAGUCACCAUCAGUUCUACAUAGAAGGGACAGUUCAUCUGACAGAACAGAUGGCAGCAAACCAUCGACGGUGCAGUCUCCACCCUUCCCCAGUCAGCUUGUGUGGGAUGAUGACUUCGUUAUGGUAGAACUGAAACCAGCCUUCGCGUCUCAUUCAGCAACAUCAACCGGUGAUCUUGGUAGCUUCUUUCGUGAGUGUCAGACAGCACCUCCACUGAGUUUAUUUGAAGAUAAUGAGGUGUCAUCGCUAGAUAACAUCAUGGACCGUUUGGAUGGGGAAUUGUGUAGCUUUCGCGAGAACGCUUUCAAAUUUGACGAACUCUUAGCUGAGCUACAGCAGAGGUGAUAUCAGCUGGAGAUGAGCUUGGGUUUGAAAGUAAUUUGCAUUAGCACAAAGGAAGAAGAGAAUUCAAUUCGAGGCUACCGACUGUUUUUGCAAGCAUCCCAUGUCUCUUUGACGUCCAUAGUCACCCGUAGAGCUGUUUCGUCAUAAGUCAGUUUGCCUUCCAAAUAUGGGACAGGCACCGUCAUCCACCUGUCUUGUAUUGCCAGGGAUUAAGUUAUGGGAUUUAAUCUCAUAUAGAGGUUUUCUUUCAAACGUAAUCCUUGCAAAGCUAUAGUUCGAAUGAAAGUAUCGAGUCUCUUGGAAAAUAAUUUAACAUUUACCUCUCGUAUUGCUUGAAGGUGAUGUCCGCUUGAAAAAAGAAUUUACAAUUUAGGAUCCAGUGUUGGUUUCUAGAUUUCCUCGGCAUCACCUAUAGCGGAAGUGACUAAAAAUAACUCUACCCUCUUUUGACUUUCAAGAAAUUUGGUGGGUGGGAACAGAAACAGGAAGUUUUUAGUUAAAUUUUUUCGAUAAACAUGACAUUAUGAACUUGUAGUAUUAAGAUCUUAAAUGGCCGUGCUAUAAUUUUAAGAUUAGAAACUUUGAAAAUGAAAUUGAUAAGAUUGCGAAUCCUCUGAGAUACUGCCGGCGUCACUCAGUUCUCAAACCAAAGCCUUAUUGAACGAUUUCUGUUCCUCGGGUUUACAAUAGAAUGCUUAGUACUCUCCUGGUGAGAUGAUUUUUAGGAUAUUGUUUUGAACACGUAUAGUUCUCGCGAUAAGCACUCUCUAUAUCAAGAACAACUUAGUUGUCAACAGAUCUUAUUGUAGACACGAUGGUGCGGGUGAUUUCUUCUUAAUUCGAUUUGACAAUGGCCGGUGGAAUCGAAACUUGUGAUAAUGUAGUUAAUUAUUAUUUGCAUGAAAGAUGAAAUGAUGAAAUUAUACAAAGAAAAUCUUAGUUUCUAUGUGGAAAUCAGGACUGUUCCGUACAUGUACCAUUCUCACGUCCUUCUGCUAGCAAUCGUCCCCGUCUAAUUUUUAAGUUCCGAGAAGAUUCAUCUUGUACCGAAGAUAGCGCUCGUGAAAAGCCAAGGAAAAUUUGUUGGUUAUUUUUGGAACGGAAGCGAUUGCCCCUUACAAGUCGUAGAUUUCUCGGAAUUUACGUUAGUCAUCUUAAAUCAUCUUUUCUCUCCAUGUUGAUUAUGUAACUUUUCAUCCUCUAUGGAAGAAACUCAACAAAAACAACAAGUUAUCUGGUUAAUUUGUAUGUUUACGAUUUUAUCCCUAUCUCCGAAUAACAUCACGGUUAAAGGAAUAACAUUAAAUUAACCUUAUCGUCAGUUUUAGAAUGCGAACAACCUUAAUAUAAUUAAACAAAUUUAGAAUCUCCCGUGAGAGGGAAUAUUGCACGUUAUAGACUGUCCGUGUUUUGUUCUUGAAAUUCACCUUCAAAUUAAAGUAGUUUGAGAGAUUAUUUUGAACAGAAAUCGACGAAGAAAGGAAAAUGCUGCAUGGAAGCAAGAGAUUUUAACUUGAUUCUGAAUUUUUUAUCUGUGUCUUCACGGUUUGUCUGUAAAACAAAGCCCUAGUCGGUCUCCAUAGCAACCAUGACGAAGGUAACCCAGUGAAAAGAGAUGGUUAGUUGUCAACCGAUUGUCAAGGUUGUGGAGAAGAUUUAUCAGCAGGUGUUUGCAUUUGGGAUUCUGAAAACACUUCCCUUUUGUAUUGGUGGAUACACGCUGGCUUCAUCGCUUCUCAGAGACCACUUAUAUUUGUUUCCCUGGCUUAACGCUGUCGUCCUUGGCAUUAAUUUAAAAUUUGUACCCUGUAGUUGGUUUCUGGCUUUGAAACAAUGGGUCGAUUCGCUGGUAAAUUCUCCUAACGACGCAGAAGCCAAGACAAAUAUUCGAAUUUUCGCAAUACCAAAAUUAGAAGGAGCCUUUCGUACAUAAAUUUAUCAGCGUAUCACGGACAUGGACAGCAAUCGGAACAGACCGGGAGAAAUCGCAGCCUUCAACAGUCUUGAAUAUUCAGCGUCGAAUUUUUUCAGCAACUAGGAGUGACUUUAAAAAAAGAUAGUCUAACCGAUUCGCGCCAGUAAAUUUUUUAUAGGCAGUUUUAAUAACGGGGCUGAACUAGUGAUCGAUAAAUCAAACGGCGCUGGCGACAGUUUUCCGCAAUCGGGACAGUCUUAAUUCUCCAUGAGGAAAGCUGGAAAAUGGAGCCCGCAGCCAGCAAUGAGACGGCCAAACAAGAGCACGGCGGGGAUGGCGCUGAUCCAGAAGAACCCAUCGAAGAACACGAAUUUCAGAGGUGUUCUCGGAAAGGCCGAAGGGAUGCCUGCCCGGACAUUCACUGCAAGUGCGGCGAUUCCAAACAAAGUGGUGAGUGUAUGUUUCACAAAGAAGCUACACAAGCUGACUCAAAAAAAGAGAGCGGCGAGGAAAAGGCGUGAAAUUUCAGUGAGAACAUUGCAUUUGCCCGAACGCAUUUAGUACUAUACCAGCGAUAUUUAUUUUUGGCUCGUCUGGCACCGACCUGGUGUUUGAAUGCGGAAUAAAUUUUUAGGGAGACCUGGUGGCAUCUUCUCUAAAAUUUGUCGUCACCAAACCUACAGAACGAAAAAACCCGGAAACAGCCAUGGCGACGUUUGGGAGUCGCGUUAAAACUCACCGAAAGAAGGACGAAGUAAAAGGAUAUGCGCUAUGCGUCGCCAUUUUUAGAAAAAACUGGAGGUUUCUUGCUUUUGUUUGAAUCGUAUUUCAGGAGCAGGUGAUGAUUGUCUAAAGAAGUACGAAAUAUCUAUAUUCGUUGUCGAAUUUAACGCUUCAAGCGAACUGAUGUACAGAAAUAUUUUUCAUCGUGUUUUAUUAAGCUUGAUUAGCGCGGAGCAAUCGUUUCUGGCACGGUAUGUAGAAAAAAUAAAUUUUUAACUUGACUUGAUUGUACAGCGCUAUUUCAAACACGAAAUUUUUAAACCGUAUGCGACUUUUAAAAUCUCAGUUCUUAAAAUACUUUACUCCAUUAGACCUCUUUUCAACAUGGAUAUUGCAUACCUGUUGUAAAUGUUAUCUCGAAUAAAGUACCUUUAUCUAGGACUUAUAAUGGUUGGCGAGUGUGAGGUUUUUUCAAGCGCAAAAAACAAGUCUGCUUUUUUUUUCUUGCUCGAACAUUAAGUAUAUUUUAAGUUCAGUGGGAAAAAUGAAUUAUUGAUAUUACCGAUCAAUUGAUGGCGCUUAGAAUGUUUUAAACGAUGAAUUCUAAAAUCUUAGAAAGUGACGUGUUAAAAAUAGAAUUUCGUUUGUGAGUAUGGAUGAAGGUAAAUAUCGUUGGCCUUUAUCAAAUUGUUAGAAAUAUUUCGUCAUCAAGAAGGAAUAACUUAAUUUGUCAAAUUCACGUUACGACUUGCAAGAAUUCGAAGUUUUGCUGUCGUAUUUUUAAAUUUUCCAUUGCAAUUUCCAUUCAUCUGCAUUCGUGCUUCAGGCUGUUAUGUCAUAUCUGUCGCCUAUGAACCCUUGUGCUAUUUUUAGCCGUGCGGAGACCGAGUUUGCCCUUUUUGUUCAGUAAAUGAGAUGUAAAAUUGCUGGCAGCUGUUUCCAAUUACCAAUGUAGCCCCAGGCUUUUCUCGUGGUUAUUGUCACAGUUUGAAUCAGAUUAUGAACUGUGCAGGAAGAUUUUCAUGCGGUUUUGCUGCUAAGCGUAUUGAAAGUUCUCAUUAGAAGGGAACAUUCGGUUUGUUAGAUUGUAUGUAAUCAUCUGAGUAAUUAUAUAUAUUUAAAGUUUUAUGUUAUCAGAUAUCUUUCUGAUCACUGUGACUCUGGAGAUAUAUUAGGUAUUGAUUAUCUGGAUUCAUAAUACACACACACACUGGCAUACUCAAAAUCAGUUUGAGCUCCCUGUUUUAUUAUGAGACGGCAUCAAAUCGUUUGACGUUCUCUUGAGUCAACUUACUACAACAACGCGUCGUUUUUACGGCAGGGUGUACUGAGAUUCAUAAGCAAUAAACAUUGCAACAUUUUGAUUAAAGGACAAGACAUCCCUUAAUGAAAAAUAAAUAAAUGUGAACGAAAUUCAUCUGCUUUUCACCCAGAGAAAAAAGCAGAAAAAUUUUCGAUUUUUCUUUGAGGAACGCUCAGCACACACAUGAUGAAUUAUAUUUAUUAUCCAUAUUUUAGAUUUUGCGAAAUAUUGGUGAAACACGUCUUUAUGUUAAUGGAAUAAAAGCAAGUUCAUUUA